AUGCUAUGGAAUGACAAGCGAGUCGCGCGCGGUUUAUUCUAUUCAGACGCAUCAUCCGAAUUUAUCGACUAACGAUUCUUCGCUUACUAACGAAACACGUAAACAAUACGAAUUUGUUCUUUGGGGAUUUUAAAAACCGAUCGUGUUUAUUCAAAAUAGAUAUGGUUUUGAAAAGAAGUGAAUAUACUAUAUCGUAUUAACCAUCUAAAAAUUACGAAUUGAACAAUAUAAAAGAGAAAAAAAAUGAAUUCUUGUGAUUUUUUUUUCUGUUGAUGUUGAAAGAUUUUUUGACGUUGUUAUUCUGAACACAGAAACAGUGAUCAACAAACAGUGUGUUUUUGAUACGAUUUUUUAUGAAUUGUGUUUCAUGUCGUGAACUAUUCAAUGAUUCAGUGCAAAAUCAAUUUGAAUCAAAUUGAAGAAGCGAAAUUAGUUGAAAUUCAAAAAAGAUCUGAGUGUGUAUGAUAAAGGAGAGAACCGAUUGUUUUAGAUCAAUAAAAGCGUGAACACAACUGAAAAUCAAUUGAAACGAAUGCUCAUUUUUGGUAACCAGAAUAUUUCAGCGAUUUUGUGGAAUAUUUCAAAGACUGUUCAAACACAAACACACUUUGGCAGCAGGCUGUAGCUCCCCGAACAGCACAAAGCACAUAUCGAAUGCUGCACAGGGAAAUUGAUGCUAAGCAACAGCGGAAUAAGGCACCAUAAAUAAACGAGCACACAGUAUCCAAAGUGAGAAAACGAUCGAAUCAAAGCCAUACGCGCGUUAACAUACAUUAGCAUUUGUUGUAUGUAUUGAGACUCGACACAUAAAUUCACCGCAAGGGUUUUUAUUUCAACAGAAUAUAGAUUUUUUUUGAAUUCCCAUCACUUCAGCUGGAUCGGCGUCGAAUUUACCAAAAAACGCACAACAAACAGACUACAAAAAAGUAACCAAUUUUUUGCAAGCCAACCAAGAUAGGGAAAAAGUAUCAUUUGACCUCCGCUGUGUGAGAAAAAAAUAACACCGCAAAUUUGAUUCAGAGGAGUGAGGAAAAAACCAGAUUUUAUUUCUCAACUUGAAAAUGAACGCUGGAAAUUAGACAAAAAAGGCAGACGGUCAAAAUAAGAAGCAGUUGUUUUUAUUGUUAAAUAACGCACCGAAGAAAUAAAUUAUUGCACGGCACAGGGAUUCAUUGGGACUGAGACAGAGUCUAAAAUAUUGUCCUUAUCGCAUCGGUUCGUUGAUUUUUUCUUCUUUCCCGUGUUUGAUCAAAUGAUUACUGAGCGACGGCGAAUGUUGAACAAAGUUAUUUCGAUGAAUUUCUGGAAAUUGAAGGCUCACCGUUAAGAGUACGUUGUUGAGCUGUUUUUUUCUUCGUUCAAAACCGAAAUAGCAGCAAAUGCAGCGUUGAUGCUGUCAGCCUGAUAAAACCUCUACUCUAAAAACUCAUCUCGAAUUUUGGCAAUUACACACAUUCAUACAUUCACUAUUGUCACGCACGAACGACUUGUGGCCGCAAUGUGAAACUCUAAAUCAAGUCCUUUCUUUUUUUGUUCAGAAUGAACAGCAUCUAUUGCAACUGAUAUCAUUGAAGGCAGAAAGAAGAGAAGAAAAACAGCGGUUAUACGAUACGAGAAGCCAAAGGAAACCGCUUCAGUGUAAUUGUGAUCAAAUAAAUAACACCGCCACAGAAACAAUUAAGCGCCACAUUUAUCGUCAACUUCGUUGAUGCCAAACCAAAUUACGGUUGAAAUUACGGUUCAGUGGUAUUUUCCUCUGAUUUCCAUCCCGAUCGCCAAGUUGUGUUCUCGUUCUCGACUCGUAUUCAUCACAACAUUGUCGUCGUCGAUGUAGCACUUCAGGUGGUUGUACUCCAGUCGGCAGCAUCUACCUAGCGUUGGCAUUGGAUAUCAACAGCAUUCUCAUUACGAUUACCGAUUGACACGAGACGACAAAAAAGGGGCACGAAAAUCAAAGCCCACUGUGUGUAUGUGCGUGAAUCAAGGUGAAAGAGGAACUGUGAAUCUUUCAAGUGCAGCGACGCUCUUCAAAACAAAAGUGUGUUUGUAAUUGCAGAAAAUGCAUAAAUAAAGAGAAAGACAGAAAGCAGACAGCUGAAGAGAAGAAUGACUUCUGUGAAUGUUUCGAAUUGACUGUGAAUAAAUAUGCAAAAUGCAUGAUGGUGUUAAGAUUUAAGUGGUGUUGAUAAGUGCAGAGCAUAUUGUAUAAUUAGAAGAGCUGCAUCGAAUGCAUUUUAAUUGCACUGACUUGGAAUAUUUCUGUUUUUAUUUGUGCAUGCACUGCACUGAAUUUGAUGACGUUCAUUAAAAUAAACGAAGUGAUCGAUUGAAAAAAAACAUUCAAAGUGAACGCAAUAAUUUAGUAUUAAGAGCCCAUCAAAUUAUUUCCAAUCAUCGAUUUAUUAGGUUGUGACUAGAGAAAACGACAACAACAAAACAAAAGAAGGAACAGAAAACAUGAAAAUUAUGUCUUUUCACGUCGAUAACGAGAUUAACAUUAAACAUAAAAACUUAAGACAUUGAGAAAGAGAAAAUAUAAUCGAGUUGAACAAGUAAGAAUACGGACUGAAAGAAACAUUGACACACGUCGAAAGGAAGUGAAUGCGAAAUAUAAAUGCAAUAAUGAUGGAUUUCGCAUCGAUAUUCAGAAUGCUCCAGCCUUCCACCGUCAUCGAUAGUGGCGGCGGCGGCGGCGUCUUCGUCGUCAGCAGAAGCAGUAGCAACAACAGUAACGAUGGUGUUGGCAGUGUACAAUUGCACAAACGCGUUAAGAAUAUCCGCUUGACACAUGGCCAAUUGAAGCAGCAGUCACGCUGCAAAGCGAGAUUAGUUUUACUAUUAUUGGGAUUAUGGAUGAAUUUAAUUGCUGUUACAAAUGCACAAUAUCGUACGCCUCGUAUAACGGAGCACCCAAGCGACAUCGUUGUGCCAAAAAAUGAGCCGGUCACGCUGAAUUGUAAAGCGGAGGGGAAGCCAGAUCCUAUCAUAGAAUGGUUUAAAGAUGGUGAACCGGUCAAAACCUCGGACAAUGAUAAUAAAUCGCAUCGCGUCCUAUUGCCAUCGGGAUCUUUAUUCUUUUUGCGCACCGUCCAUGGGAAGAAGGAACAAGAUGGCGGCGUUUAUUGGUGUGUGGCGAAAAAUGUAGCGGGAAAAGUAUUCAGUCGGAAUGCAACACUUCAAAUAGCUGUUUUACGAGAGGAUUUCCGAAUCGAGCCGAAAGAUACGCGUGUGGCUGCUGGCGAAACAGCAAUGCUUGAAUGUGGCCCACCGAGAGGCAACCCGGAACCAACUCUGCUCUGGAAAAAGGACGGCAUUGUUCUGGAUUUUGAUGAAACCCGCGGAGGAAAUGCAAUUCAUCACAUGAGCAAUAAUCCAGUAGCUCGUAUGCGAAUUGUUGAUGGUGGAAAUUUGCUCAUCAAUGAUGUUCGUCCACUCGACGAAGGUCGUUAUCAAUGUAUCGCACAGAAUAUGGUUGGAACACGGGAAAGUACAUCGGCAAAACUAACUGUACAAGUGAAACCGUUUUUCAACAAAGAGCCAUCUGAUUUAACCGUUUUGGCCGGUCAAACUGUGCAAUUCUAUUGUUCAGUUGGCGGUGAUCCGCAGCCCCAAAUUUUAUGGCGCAAAGACGAUGGAAGCAUGCCUGUUGGAAGAGCCGUUAUCAAGGAUGACGACAAGAGUUUGGUAAUCAAAAAUGUGGUCCCAGCCGAUGAAGGAAUCUACAUUUGUGAUGCAUCUAAUGGAGUAGGGCAAAUAAGUGCCAAAGCGCAACUUGUUGUUAACUCUCAACCGAGUUUCAGUGUAAAGCCGCAGGAUCAAAAGAUUGGAUUGAAUGGAAUCGCUUCAUUUGACUGUGCGGCAACUGGAAGUCCACGACCAUCAGUAUUCUGGGCACGUGAGGGUGUGUCACAAAUGCUCAUGUUUCCCGACAAUACUUACGGCCAAUACCAUGUAAACUCUCAAGGCACAUUACAAAUUCGUGGUGUCCAAAAAGAAGACGCCGGUUAUUUCGUGUGUUCAGCUCUUUCAGUGGCUGGCUCAGCGACCAUCCGUGCAUUUCUACAAGUCACAUCAGUCGACGAUAUUCCACCGCCAAUCAUUCAAAUUGGGCCAGCAAAUCAAACGUUGCCAGCGUCAAGUGUGGCGAUGCUACCUUGUCGUGCUAUCGGAACUCCAACGCCACGCAUCCGUUGGUAUAAAGACGGCAUACCUCUGCAAAAUUCUGAUCAAUCGAAUCAACGUCUGAUCAUCGUACAAAGUGGAUCUCUGAAAAUUGACAAUUUACAAGCAUCGGAUACGGGCCAUUAUACGUGCACAGCAUCUUCAGAAAGUGGGGAAACGUCUUGGUCAGCUUCACUAACGGUGGAAAAAAGUGGCAGCGUGAAUCUGCAUCGUACACCGGAUCCGAGUACAUUCCCGUCAAUUCCCGGAACACCACGCGUUGUGAAUGUUACCGAGAGCAGUGUAACGCUCACCUGGACGAAAAGCCAAGACCGAGCUGGUGCUAGUCCACUUAUUGGAUACACAGUCGAGUAUUUCAGUUCGGAUUUGCAGACUGGGUGGGUGGUUGCUAUUCAUCGUUUCCCCGGUCAUACAAUUACGAUUGGUGAACUCAAGCCGGCUACAUCGUACAUAUUCCUCGUUCGAGCGGAGAAUUCUCAUGGAUUAUCGAUUCCAUCAACCGUAUCGUCGGUGGUGAAGACUUUGGGUGCAGAAAAUGGUGUUAUACCACAAUCAGAACUAUCAGCUGCUCGAAAUGUGCUCAGUGGCAAGGUUGUCGAAUUGAAUGAUGCAUUGGCCAUUAAUUCAACGUCAGUGCGAUUGGAUUGGCAUCUGCAUAUCAGCGGCAAUGGGGAAUACAUUGAGGGUUUAUACAUUCGAUUCCGUGACUUGAGUGGUGGAUCGCAAAAAUACAAUAUAAUGACGGUAAUGAGUCCAACGACUCAAAAUUACAUUGUUGGUAAUUUGAAGAAGUUCACCAAGUACGAAUUCUUUGUGGCACCGUUUUAUCGAACUGUCGAAGGUCAACCAAGCAACUCAAAGAUUGUGCAAACAUUUGAAGAUGUUCCAUCGGCACCACCAGAUAAUGUUCAAACGGGAAUGCUCAACCUGACCGCGGGAUGGGUACGAUGGUCACCACCACCACCGCAGCAUCACAAUGGACAUCUCCUCGGCUAUAAGAUUCAGGUGAAAGCUGGUAAUUCGAGCAAAGUUCUUGCACAAAUGACACUGAACGCAACCACAAUGUCGGUUAUGUUAAAUAAUUUAACCACAGGAGCUACGUACGCUGUACGUGUUGUGGCGUACACACGUGUUGGAGCUGGACCAUAUUCUCAGCCGGUUGCAUUGACUAUGGAUCCAAGUCAUUUAGUAACACCGCCACGAGCACAUCCAAGCGGUUCAGCUAAUGGUCUCGACGAUCAUCAUCAACAACGGAAGCAACCGCAGAAUCUUAUUCACGAACCAUGGUUCAUUGUUUUGAUUUCAAUUGUGGUGUUGCUGUUUUCGUUUAUCGCAACCGUUGGAAUGAUAUUCUUUAGGCGUCGUCAUCAAAACACGAAAGAAAUCGGUCAUCUAAAUGUUCCAGUUGUGAAUGCAAAUGAUAUAACCGCUUUGAACAUCAAUGGAAAGGAAAGUCUAUGGAUAGAUCGCGGGUGGCGAGCAGCCGAUACGGACAAAGACUCCGGUUUGAGUGAAGCAAAACUAUUGGGCAACUCAAGCACACUAUCACAGGGAAAUUAUACCGAUGGCGGAACAGACUACGCCGAAGUUGAUACACGGAACCUCAGUACAUUUUACAAUUGUCGCAAGUCUCCCGAUAACCCCACACCAUAUGCUACGACAAUGUUGCUUAACAAUGGCAAUGGAUCUUCAGGUGAGAGCUGCACGAAACGUUCAGACGGUCAUUCAUCUGGUACAUCAAGCCCGCAUUCGGAUCCAAAUCAAUCAUUUAACACACAAUCAAAAGCCAAUCUUGGAUAUCCAUCAUUCCCACCGCCUGCAAAUUGGACUGAAUUCUUGCCACCACCACCGGAGCAUCCACCACCGUUGCCGUUAGCUAAUUGUGCUCAACCGAUGGGAAUGUGCUAUGUGCCGACAAGUCCUGGGUCGAUGCGAAGAGCAGCAGCUCAAUGGGUUGGCUCGGGAUUGGCAAAUCAUCCAAAUCUAAUGGCACAGAACAAUGGCUCGUGCGGUCCGGCUUCCGUUGGUUAUUCUCCAUGGGGACCGUCACAGCAUCAAUACGUGGAAAAUUUCUAUAACAAUCCCAUUCAAUAUCCAACAAAUGGAUCGUCAACAAAUGUGCAUCGCUUCCCGAACCAUCAGCCACCUUUGCCAAAUGGAAACGGUACAUCGUGCUAUCCACAACAUCAGCAAACAACAAAAAGUUGCCAUUCUCACUAUCCAUCGAAUCACGCACACUCAGUCGAGUACCAGCCAUACCAUUCGAACAAUGGCAUCAAUCGGAAAUGCGGCAAUACGCGAAUGUGCAGCAGUUAUGAUGCAUUGACAUCACCACAACAGCCACUGCUUCCGAAUCCAGCAAAUUGGGCCAAUAACGGUGGUGGCGGCGGCAGCGUGCACAAAUGCAACAAACCAAAUUCCCAACAACAAUUGUAUCAAUGCUCAUCGGAAUGCUCAGACCACUCAUUGAAAUCGCAUUCGCAGCAUUCGCACAGCAGCCAAGAGCGUAGCAGUAAGAAUAGCAAUUGCAAAGAAUCAUGCCACCAGCGAUCAUCGUCACAGACGAACAAACAGCAUCCUACGCACACGGGCAAAACAACCAACCACUGUACAACGAAUGGAAAUGACAUUUUAAACGGAAACGGUAACGACAAUAUUUACGAAAAUGAUGACGAGACCACGGAACACGAUCGCAUGAUUACCAGCACCAGCGACUGUUGUAGCUCGGCUGGUGAAAUCGAUGGCGAUUCAUCGUGUUGCUCAUGCAGUUUGUAUGCUGAAGCCGGUGAACCACCUCAAUCAGCGUCGAACAAUCAGCUGGCGAAAGUUACUGCCCAAAAUUAAGAAAAAUGUUCAAUUCUCAAACAUUCACCACACAUUUAAAUAUGUGUGGGAAAUAAACUGGAUAAUAAAACUUGAUUUGUGAUACAGAACUAACAACAAAAAGCCCAUUGUGCGUUGUGAAAAGGGCCCAACAGACGAGAAAGUUGGAAUGAGAUAGACUUUUGCUCUGGGUAGCAAUUUAAUUCAUUGGAAUGUGUAAAUAAAUAUUGGAGCACAGUUACGCGGUCGGUUAUGCUAGAGCUGCACUACCGCCGCUACCAAUGCCAGCACGAGCCGUAGCAGCAACAACUCUUUGGUUUAGUUUGUUCAUCAUCGUCCAAAUAAUAAUUACGCAUAUAAUUAUUACUUAAAAUAAAAUAUGUAACAUAAAUAUUCAAACAUAAACUCAAAUGGGGAGGUUAAACUCACUUUUUGCGCCCAUUCGAUUCACUCGAAACAAACCAAACCGAAACCGACGACGCUUUGAUGGCAAAAACGCCAGAGCCAUUUAUCUAGCCGAAAUAAGCUUGUACGAGAAGAGUAUUGAAAACUUAAUUAAUUAAAAAGUUUUCAACUUCUCCACGGACCGUUAAGAAAACUUGAACUUUGCAAGUUUUAGCCGAAAAACAUCCUACGGGAAGGGAGGAAAUGAGAAAUAUUAUGGCAAGAAAAUGAAAUAGAGGAAUACUGGCGAAGACAACGAGCAGAAGACAAAAGUCGAAAACUGAAUACCCAUUAACCACGACAGAUCUUCUUAUUCUUGUUCUCCUUUUGUUUGCUUGCCUGUGAACGCAACGAUGGUGAAAAGCGAGCGGUAUAACGAGUGAAGAGUUUUGUUUGUGCGGCAAAAAGAAAUUUGAAUUCAGAAUUCAUCAUAAAUUGAGAAUAGUGAAAAUAGUUUAUUAUACGUUGCAUGAUUACUACGACUCUUUGCAAAAUACACAGCGUCUUUCCACUCCUUGAUUAAAAGUGAUACAAUAUGUUACACAUGCAUAAGCGCAGCGCACACACAAACACAACUACAAUGAAACUACUAUAUUUCGAUACGCGCAAUACAAACCGUUAGUAGUCAUAGCGAUACGGGAGAGAUUGUCUCAUAUUAUACACAAACACACAAACGUACCGUCAAACCAAAAGCACUGCCAAUUAUUACAGUAAUUUAGCUUUUCAAAUGCGGCAACGGCAGCAAGAACAAACAGCUCAAGAGUCAUGUGUGUUCGCCAAAACAACAACGAUAUUAAAAGUUUCGACAUUGGCGUUGUGGCUCUUGGUCUAUGUGCCGUCGCCAUUUCACGUUACGUUUUGGUUCGGUUCGGUUCGGUUCGGUUCAGUUCAGUUCAGUUCAGUUCGAGUGAACUCAAGUCGUAGCAACCAAUAGCCCGAUGAGCUGAAUGUUUCGUGUGUGAAAAUUUGCAUUUAAAUGGUGCAAUAUUGAAAAGCAUGUUUCUGGCCCAAACUCCAAAAAACUUUUGUGGUUAAUUGUCAAACAAUGCUAUUUAUCAAAAAGCCUAAACUUGUUCUACGUCGUUUAGCAACACACGUAUGUACGCAUAAUAUAGAUAUACGUAUGUAACAUAAAUACAUAUAUAAAUUGCAAAUAAUUUCUCAAUAAAGGCGGAUCAAGUUGCUAAGAUGCAAAAAGCAAACAAUUUCGAAAAUGCUUCGAUGAGAAAGUUCGGAGGCUGUUUUGCCCAAAUCGAUGCAAAAAACUCCUUUUUCGACAAACACCCAUUUUCGCAUAUAGGUGUAUUUAUUGAAUGUAUUCGCUAAGAAGCUUUUGGUUAAGCAAGUAAAACAUUCACAUAUAGAUAUACAUUUACACAUACACUUUAUAUGUGAUGCGAUUAGAGUAGUAGUUUCAUGUCAGGUAUUGAAUCUCCAAUUAUGUAGAAACUUGUAGCAUUCUUUUCUCUCCCUUUCAACACACAGAAUUAAUAAUUUCCACUGAAAUUUGAUGUGAAUUUUGCAUAAAAUCAGCGGAACUAAAACUUUGCAAAUAAAUAUAAAAUAGAAGAAGAAGGAGAAGAAACCAAACACAUUGCGCAUUUUAUAAACGACUGAUAUCAUAUGUGUAGAACUAAUGCAUCAAAUCUAUAAUGUAUUGCAUAAGAUACAUACCCCAACAACUAUUACCCCCUAAAUUGGUUGGACACCUUUCGUAAUUUUAGAUUAUAUUGGGAAAAAAGUCAUCAAAUGAAUAGUAGAAAAUGCAUUUCGAAAAUAAUGAAAAUUGAGAAUGGCUUCGAAUUAUAUUAUGAAUGUGUUCGAAUAGCAGAAAAUGGAUUUUCAUCUCUGUUUUAGAUACGCUCAGAAAAUAUAAAAACAUAUCAAUAAGAAGAAAAAAGAAAUACGUGUCCAAACGUGGACUAAAGUGAAGGAAUAAAAUCCAUGAAGAAUUGUUGUAUAUAAAAUCAUAUCGCCGACAUUUCCAAGCUAUUUUUUUAGCCUUAUCACAACUCAAAAGAAUAUAAUUUGUUUUUGUUCAAACCAAAUCAUCGUAAUGUAGGUUAUUGAAUCGUAUCCAGAGAAACAUUUCAGCGUAAAUAUAGUGAAAAUACCGAAAUGUCAGUAAAUACAUAUUCGUCUCUGUGUGGAACCUGCGCACUGCGCACUGCGCAGUGAGCGUUCGUCGAUGUGAGCGGGCGCUAUACAUUUAAGCUUGAACGCACAUAUACAUUGUUUUACACUCAAGCCGAGUGUGCUCAACGAACGAAUGUGCAAUCGAACGAUGUGAGCGAAUGUGUGUGCGCACAGAGACGAAUAUUCAUUUACUGAAAUUUCACUAUUUUCACUAUAUUCACGCUGAAAUGAUUGAAAUGAUUCUCUGAUCGCUUCGAAUCCAAAGUCCACCCGAUCAAAUAAGCUUACGUACCGAAGCAUCCCUUCCUACCGACUUUAUCACACAUCACAUACACCGGCUAAGUAAAUCGAAUCACACUCCCACACACAUUGAUGUAUGAAAUCCAUAGUUUUUAGAAUUUUUACCAAACGAAAAUAAAAACCAAGACCAAGAACGAAGCUUUUUUCGUCACCCCCAAAUCCCACAAACAUUUUGGAUAUGAACAUAUGACUCGUCGCAUUUGGGCGAUCCCUAUACGCACAUUUACAUGUUCACCACUAUUCGAUUUCGUUCCUUUGUUUUUCAUUUGUAACAACUGUUUCCCAAGAGAGCAGAUGGAAUGUAUACAAUUCACGUAAAAUGUUUGAAAUAAAAAAAAAACUGACAAAAAUAGUUGUGAAUGAAAGGUGAGUAAGCAAAUGACAAAUACGGAAAUUGGAAACGAAAAACAAGCAAAACAAAUAAUAUUGGAUGUGAAUUUGAAAUUCGGCUCAAUUACUGAAGAUGAGACACAUUUGAAAAAGAAAAAAAACUAGCAUCGACAGACAAACAUAGUCAAACCUGCUAAAUUAUAUAAAAUUAUUAUUAUUGUAGCUUAAGUUAUUAUAGGAUAAAUGAAUCAUUUGUACAUAAAAUGAGAGAUAGACGUCUUGUUCGUAAUUUAUCGCAUUAAACGAAAUCAUGUAGAAUCGUAUAGCAAUAUUGAUGAAUUUCCUAGUUCGUUUGCGUGAUGACGCAUCAAUUCUGAAAAAAAAACGAAACUAGCUAAAAAGCAGAAUAAGAAGAAACUAUUGAAAGGUGUUUUUUGUUUCAUUUCAUAGCAAUGAUCAAAUUAGUAGUUUGUAACAAUUUGUUUGGUUUGUGAAUCUAUAAUUUUUAUGUACUCUGACCGCUUAGUGUGUAUGAGCCAUGUAAAACUAAAACAGAAAAGAUAAAGAAGAAACAAGCGCAACACUAAAAUCCUAAUCUUUACUGCAAAAACACACAAGGUACCUGUGAUAUUAUUUUAGUUCUCCUUUUGAAGCGGCGUUACACAAAACAUACAUACAUACGCAACACACACACAAACUAAUUUAACAUUACAAAUCAUUAUAUUAUAUUGGUAUAAUAAAUGUAUCGUAGAAUUUUUAAUGCUGUAAAGGGGUAAAUUUAAUGAAAAAAAAGAAAAAACAACAAAACAUUUAUAUUAACAUAAAAUAAAAAUAAAAACAAUGAAGAGAACGUUGAUAUGUGAUAGGCCGUUAAAGCGUUAUGUAUAAACAAAGCAAAGUUUUCAUUUUCAUUUUUCUUUUUCGAGAACUCAAUGUUCUGUUCUCUCUGUGGAAUCUUUUUUUAAGUUUUUUUUUUCCAUAUGAUUGGAUUAUUUAGACUUUCUUUUCAAUUCUUUAGUAGUUGAAAAAUAAUUUAUUUCAAUGUAAUAAGCAACAACAAAAAAAUAAGUAAAUUGACUAACAAUUCGGUUUAGAUGUAGAUUGGCUACAUCGAUACUCUUCCAAUUAUGUAUUCGCAUGGAAAAUUUAGCAGUUCGAACACUUGACACUCACACAUACUACGACGUAUCACGAUGAGGAAAAGCUAUAUAUUAGUGCGUUUUUACCAAUGUCAUUAGAUUAAAGUGAAAUGUAAAACAACUAAGUAGAUAAAAUCACAUCAUUUUCAAUACCGCAAUAAAUUAGUCGAAUUUUUACUCAGCAAUCGCACAGCAUAUCCAAUAAUGUUGUUGGCAAUCAACGAAACAAGUGAAGCAAAGCACAAGCUUGAGCAAAACCCCGAUCAGUCCCAUAAACAAUUGCGUCAACAAACUGUAUUGGACAUUCUGCGCAAGCGAAUUUCAAGAGAUGAAAAAAACAACAAAUAUAUAACUAACAAAUUUAAUCACAUUAUACGCCUAUCCAUCAGUCUCACACAUUUCACUCACUCCAUUAGUUAGACAAAACGUGAGAAAAAUAAACAAGAAAAAUGAUUUUUUUUUCGUAAAAUCAAUUUGGAAAUGACAACAAAAAUUAAAAACAUUAAAUACUAUUCAAAUUUGAAGAAGAAGAAGAAGCAUACGUAAAAAGUCACGCAUGUGAAGAGUCACAGCAAAAGCCAGAUUAUUAUCGAAUUAAAUAGAGAAUCACAUGAUAGAAUUGUGGAGGAAAAUCAUUGUAUUAUAAAUCGAUAGACAGAAGAUAAACUAAAGUAAGAAAAUAAAGAAAAAAAAGGUUUAAAGAAAAAUUCAACAAAUCUUGUUUUUACUCUAUCCGUUUGAUAUUUCUUUAAUUUAGAGGAAAGCCCAUUAUUUCCGGAGCACCAUCUGUUGUGUGAAUUGCGAGUUUUGCCGAUGUUGACGGUAAAUGACAAAAAUGACUUUGUUUAGCUCGUGUUUAUUUUUAUGCGUGCGCCGGAAAAUUGGUAUUGAAACUUUAUCUUGUCAUGUUCGAGUGAGAGGUACACAAUUCCGCACACAGCACACACUUGGUUGUUCGGGAUCAAACUAUGCAACGAUAUACAGUUGCGAGUAAACGCGCGUGCGACAGCGUUUCACAUGCUUGAAAUGCCAUUAGACGCUGACGGUGAUCGAAAAUAGAC